CUUUUGCUUGAAACUUGACGUCUUCUCUAUAAAAUCCUCAUAAUCCCAUCACCUCCCCCGCGUUCAAUUGUUUACUUCCAAAUUGCAUUUGUUUUUUUUUAUAAUCACAGACUUGUAUUUUCUUUCUCAUCCUAAUAAAAUUUAUAAUUCUAAAUCAAAUCACUUCUGCAAAAAAAUGAGUGGAUUUGUUGCUGUGCACACUGGUGCAGGCAACAGCAUCGAUGAAACCAAAUACCAGCGGGUGAUCAAAGAAGCUUGCAUCCGGGCGAAUGCGAUUUUAAAAAAUGGUGGCUCCUCAUUGGAUGCCUGCGAAGCAGCAAUCAUUCGCUUGGAAAAUUGUGGCAGUACAAAUGCCGGCUUUGGAUCAAAUUUAACUUGGGAUGGAAAAGUCCAAUGCGAAGCAUCCAUAAUGGAUGGUUCCAAUUUACAAUUUGGAGCAUGCACAAAUGUCUCCACUGUAAAGAAUCCCAUCCAAUUGGCACGUAUAAUCUGCGAUAGACAAUCCAAAAUGCUAUCAAUGGAUCGAAUUCCGCCAAUGGUCCUUGCUGGCGAGGGUGCUGCCGAGUAUGCAUCCGAAGUUGGAUGUAGUAUGAUUGAAGCUGACAAAAUGAUCUCAUCCAAAGCCAAAAUCUGCUACAAUCAUUACAAGACUAAAGUUUCCGAUUGCGAGAAUCGGUAUAAUAUCAAAAUCAAUUCAUUGGAUACAGUGGGAGCUAUUUGCGUUGAUGCAGAUGGCAAUUGCGCUGCUGGAUGCAGCUCUGGGGGAUUGAUUUUGAAAGUUUCAGGGAGGGUGGGACAAGCGGCCACUUAUGGUGCCGGGUGUUGGGCAACUAGCACUGCAGAUAUGUCUGUUGCCACAUGCACCACUGGCAAUGGGGAGUAUCUGAUGAAGACGCUUCUUGCCAAAGAAAUUUGUACUGAUCUAAUGUCGUCCGAGUGCGGAGUGACAAGUCUCCAUAAAGUAUUCAAACAGAAAUUCAUCGAAUCUCCAUUUCUGCCUGCCGAUCAGGAUCUGUAUGGCGGUGCAUUGUCGCUUGUAUUUCAUCCGCGUUCUAAUUGCGGUGAAGUCAUUUGGAGUCAUACAACAAAAUCAUUCUGUCUUGGUUUUAUGAGUACCGAGUACAAAGUCCCAAAGUUUUUACUAUCUCCGCUGCCAACUUAUUGUACCCCAGGUAAAUCGAUUGUUGUAAAUGGACAACCCUUUAGUUUUAAAAACUAACUGCGCUUUGCAUUGCAUUUUUCAAAAAAAAAAAAAAAAUAAUAA